CUCAGCUCUGAAGUCAAAUUGCCUAUUCCUAAAGGAUCACCGAAAACCGAAACAAUCUCUGAUAUAUUUGGGCCGGAUCAUUAAGCCCAAUGUACAGGCUACUUGUGAUCUUUUAAGAAUCUUCUGUUUCAGCCCAAAUUGAUUUCACGGCAUUGACUGAUUGACUCGAUCGAGAAAUACCGAUUUCACCAAUUGUUUGUCCCUCUUUUCUCUCGUGUUUGCCCUAUCACCGUACGGACGGCAGCCUCUCCUUACAUCCCCACCGGAGCGAAUAAAACCUCUUCGAUCGAUCUCGCUUUGUUUCGAAGGGCUUACCGGCGAACAUGUCUCAGGUUGAUAACAGAAACUCCUCGGCAGCCAAACGUGCCCGAACUGAUGGUGGUCGCAGGGAAGAUGACUGGACUUGUCCAAGCUGUGGGAAUGUUAAUUUCUCUUUUAGAACAACCUGCAAUAUGCGCAAUUGCACCCAACCUAGGCCUGCUGAUCACAAUUUUUCAGCUUUAAAGCCCCUUCAAGCACCACCCAGCUAUCCUCCCUCAGCUCCAUAUGUAAGCUCUAAUCCCCCGUCCUCCAUGUAUAUGGGAGUGCCUCCUUAUGGAUCUUCUCUUUUCAAUGGGUCAUCUGUUCCCCCUCCUUAUGAUGUUCCAUUUACUGGGGGAUCCGCCUAUCAUUAUAAUUAUGGCAACCGCCUUAAUGGAGGCAGCCCAUAUCGACCACCCUUGCAUAUACCUGGUCCUCCUCCUUUCUCUGGUGGAUCUGUGAUUGGAAAUGGUGGAAUGUAUGGUGUGCCACCUAUUGUGGACCGUUAUGGUUUGGGGUUACCCCUGGGAUCUCCUUCUAUGGGGCCAAGACCAGGAUUUUUCCCCGAUGACAAGUCUCAGAAGAGAGAUGGAACACGUGAUAAUGACUGGAUAUGUCCCAAGUGCAGUAAUGUAAACUUUUCAUUCAGAUCAGUUUGUAAUAUGAGGAAGUGUAACACUCCGAAGCCUGGGUCACAGGCUGCAAAACCAAAUAAAAAUUCUAGUAAGUCCUUUUUUAAUCCUUAUUUUACGUUGGUUGUGGAAUAUAUGUGCUAAUAUUCGUUUGUUUUAGAACCAGAUAUGCCAGAAGGAAGUUGGAAGUGUGAUAAAUGCAACAACAUCAACUAUCCCUUCAGGACAAAAUGUAAUAGACAGAACUGUGGUGCUGAUAAACCAAAUGAAUCAAAAAGUUCACCAUCCAAACCUGCUGAUGAAAAUGAUCAGGUCCGACUCCUGUGCUUUUCCCUGAACUGUUUUUAGGAGUUGCAUUUUGGCCUCUGUAUGUAUGUGCUUGUCUUAAGGUCAAAAUUUGUUAAUGUCAACAAGUACAUCCUUAUUGAGAAUUUAAGGUUACACGCUUUCUUUACCCCCUUCAUAUGUUUGAUGGAUUCUGUAAAUUUUUUGAUGUCUUGUUUGCUUUCCUUUUUGUGUUGCAUUCAUUAAUUCUCAGUUGUCUAAUGUUCCAGUGAGUUCUAGGGCAUGUUUGAGGUUUGAGAAGGUCCAGAGUUGUCGUCCAGCAUUGCUUCAGUCUGGGUGUCUGAAAGUCAGUCUGUCACCUUCCUGUCGCAGCAGUUUUCGAGUUGUUACUCUACCUUCUCUUCAUUCAAUCGUGUCCAAAUUGUUGUAUUUUACUGGAAUGGGAUACUAUGGGUCUGAACUGUUUCUUAUUUAGUCUACCGUCUGUCUCUGAUCUACUUGCCAGCUGAUCCUGGCUAGAUUUUUACCUGUUUGUGGUUAACUAUUUCCUUAGGGGUUUGUACCUAAGUUUGAAGUCAUUUUAUUAGUAGUUAUGGUAAUAUGCUCUUAUGCUAUGCUUCUGGUAGCAUGUUUGGUCCCCUGUUUUCCGGUGCGUUGUUUCAGCGAUUGCAGUGCUUAGUGUUGUGUCAACUAACAACCCUGGAUUUUCACAUUUCAGUGGGUCAAUUAAUAAGUUGACGUCAAAACAGAAGUGUUUGGUCCUCAAUUAAAUGUUUGGUGUAGAGUUACCACCGCGUUUACAGAGUUUAGCACUGCCAUCGCCGCUUUCUUUUCUAUGUAUGUGGCUUCUUUUGAUUCUAUGUGCUUCAAAUUCAUGUUUGCUCGUAGAGGUGGGAUCUAUGAUUGGAGUCAUGGUAGUUUGUCCAGAUUCUGUUAUUUCAUUCAGAGCUCUCAUAUUUAUUAUUCAAGGGUUGUGAUCUCCAUUGAUUUUGGUACAUGAAGUCACAUUUUUGUGACAUCUUAAACAACUUAUCACUUCCAACUUACUUUGAAGCGUUUACUUUGAAAACGUGUUUUUCCACUAAUAACUGGAAACCUUGAUUAUUUCGUUGUGGUUUGGGAAAAUAAGGUUCAGUAACUAUCAUGGAUGUAUUGUGAUGUUUAUUAUUGUUACUUUUUUUCUUUUUUUUUUAUGUUUCUAUCAUUUUGAUCCUUUUCUGGCGGAGGUGGAACUGGCAUCGUUUUCUUGCCUGUUGGUGGAAAGGAAAUGAUGGAAGGGAAGAAUCUAUGGAAGUUCAUUUCUGGAGUUGAUCGAAGAGGAAGUUCGGUGCUCUCUUAUUGUUAAGGCUCCGGUGUAAAAUGUAUAGGAAGAUGCUGCCUGCUAGGAACAGUUCAGAAGAUAGAACGGGUCUUUUGGUUCCUUUUUCUUUGUGAGGGGUAGGAGAGGGUUCUGAAAUUGAAGUACUUUUUGCUGUUCCAAGUUUUGCUGCUUUUCCUGUUAUUCGUUUAGAAACAAAAAAAGGACAAGAAAAAAAAAACAUUGCAAACAUUCCCAGUGGCAAAUGAAUUCGGAAACGGUAAAUGCAUAUAAACUCUUAACACUGGGAGAGAGAGAAUGAUAUUAAGACAUUUAUACGACUUCUAUAGUUCACUUUGUUAAAAUUAAAUAAUACUAUAACAAUUUUUUAAAAAAUUUAAAUAAGAUAACAAAAUAAAGUUUUUCCUGAUGCAAUUUUUUGAGCAAAGACUAAUGUUGUUGGUAAUUGUGACUUCUAUCAAGUGUCGAGUUGUUAAACGACGUUAUGCAAACAAAACCCAUAAUUUGCGAUAGACAAGAAAGAAAUAGCUAAAGAUCAAUGCUGCGCAGUUCUAGCAAAGUAUCUACCUGCCGUGGGCAUAUUACAUUUGCAGAAUACUUGGGGAAACUACACAGAAGACAAAAAGGGGAAAUGCGAAAAAAACAAGAAAUAGAGAAUUAACAGAAUGAUGGUGAAGAAGAAACUCUAGGGGGGUAAAGGAUCAUGAGAUUUUAUGAUGAUCAGAUAGAAUGGAUGGGCUUAAGACUUCCAGUAGGGAAUGCAAAGAAGGAGAUGACGAAGAACAUUGCGAUCACCACAGCAGCUGCAGGGGGUGUGUGGGCUCCAGUAUUAGCAUUAUCAGACUUGGUGGGUGAGGUUGUGGUGGUCGGCGCCGCGGGUGUUGCGUUGCUACCUCCUCCGGAGGUGCUGUUGCUGGUAAAGAUUGCAGCAUCAGGUGAGUUUGGAGGCAGCCCCAGCAACUCUGCAGCACAGCAAUAAAUUAAAAUUUAAUAUAAUAAUAAUCCCAGGUGGUUGUUUAAUUAGCAUCAUGCAAUCAGAGAAUUUAGAGUGAAGAGAAUAUUUUGAAUCACGAAAUCAAAUAUUGACAAAUGAUGCGUAAUUGUUAGGUUAUGUGAACAUAAUAAUAGAGUUCAAACAAGAAUCAGAUUGACUUAACUGACUGACUCGUUCAAUGUAAGGUUUGGAUAAACUUUGAAAAGGUGGAGUAAGCCACGAGACACAAACGUGAAACAGUUAGGUCAUUUUGGCACUUUUAACAUCAUUAUUAAAUUUAAAUUCAAUAAUUUAGAUAACUUGUGCAAUUCUACUGAAUUCCCAAUUUUAUUUUUUAUUUUUUUUUACAAUAAAUGGAAUUUAAAGGUACAAGUAGCAUUUUUCAUUUUACUUAGGUAGGCAUUUGCGAAUUUUUUUUCGUUCCCCCCUAAAAACACCUCGCGUGUAUCACACAUUUAAUAAAUAGCAGAGGUAAAAAAAAAAAAAAAAAAAACCAGCCUAUUAAUUAACCAACAACAAUUAACAACACUUUUAAUCAAUGAACGUUACGUUAUCCUCUCUUGUACGUUACCUAAAAAUCUUUCAUGUCCUUAAUAUAAAGGAUUUUAAUUUGUCCUAGAUUUCAUCUAAUAUGUAUUUUUUAUUAAAAAAAUCUUAAAUAUAUAUUUUCACAUCGCUUAUGUUCUCUUAAUUAUUAUGAAAUAUUUUUAAAGUUUUUUGUCAAUUGAAAAUAAGUUUAAUUUAGAAAAAUCAAAAUGACUAAUAGUAAGGAUCGGAAAGAGUACUAGUAAGAUUUCAUUCUUGCAUGCAUCAUCUGGGAAAACUAAUCCCAUCUCCUAAUGCACACAAAAUUACUUUUAUAGAAUGAAAAAUAGUUUAUCAUGGUUGAUUCGGUACUAAUCCAGAAACAUAAACUGAGGGAGAUGAACGGUAAAAUAAUCCUGCCAAAUUGUGAACUUAAUAACAUAAUAAAGUUUCAAUAGACAUGAAACCUCUCUAAUGCAUGUUAUGUUAUGAAGAAUUAAACCCAAAAAUCAAAUAGUGCGAGAGAAACUAUAAGAAAGCUUACUAGGGCACUCGGCGGAGCUGGCGUUGGUCAACUUGCAGGCAGAAGGCAACUGAAGCAAACGCCCCUCCUGGAUCCCCAUGCUCUUGAUCUGGGGAUUAGUGCCGUCGUGGAUCUGCUGGAUGAUGUAGCACAAACACACCGGCUUCCGCUGCUUCAAGUCGGAUACCGACCCGCAACAUUCCUUGGUCGGCGUGUCCGCCUUCCCCGUCGCAAACGUCAGGCAUGUCGUCACCUUCGGGAACUCCUUGGCGCAGUCGUCUUGCACCGUGUCUCCGGCGGCAGCCACCGCCAUCGCCACCAGCACCACCGCCACCACAGUCAUGAUCUUCCCGCCUUUCAUUUUUCUUCUUUUUUUCUUGGGCUGGUGCUGGUUUUCUUUUCUCUUUUCGGCUUCUUCCUUUUGUCUUGGUUCUUUCUUUGCUUCGGUGUGGGAAAUGGAAAGAAGAGCCCAAAAGGAAAGAAGAUGAUGAAGUGAAAAUGGUUAGUGGUUGGGCUGGAGUUAAAGUUGGGGGGGAGGGGGUGCGGGGGAGCAUUAAAUAUAGGGUUGUUGGGCUAGCGAACUGUUGCCUGUUUUACUACAUUUUGUG